CCCCUGAAUGCCAGUUGCUGAAAACCGUAGGAGGGGAGAAGCUUCCCCUUGGGGCAUCCGGUUGGCCACUGUGAGAGCAGGAUGAUUGUCUAGUUCGUGCCCUUCGGCCUGAUGCAGGAGGCUCAUCCUCUUUUAUUGGAUCAUAAGUUAAGUUUGGGGAAGCAGUUUGUUGAAGGGCAGUCAGGGGAGUUGAUUGAUUGUUGCAAACCUCUGCUAUCCUUUCCGCGCUGUUUAUGCAUGGGUCCAGGUCACUCCACCCCACGAGAAACUUCAGACUGAUUCUGGCGUGAAUCUCAUCUCGCCUUCUCUUUUCGGGAGAGCGCCCUUUUGCACAGAACAAACGGAACCAUUCCGUCGCGGAACGAGUUCCUGGCCGGAUUCUUUAUGCGUGGCGCUCCCCUUUUCUCCCGCUUCUCCCGUCAUGGAGGCAACGGGCUUGUUCACCCUGCUGUUUCCUCUGCCUUUGCUAUGGCUGCUUUCUUCCUGGUGGCUGAGGCGGCAACGCGGAGCGAGGUGGCGGCUGGGGAGCGACCGGAGGCUUUUCGCCGUCGGACCGGCGACGCGCGCCCUGUUCGUGACGGCGCACCCUGAUGACGAAGCAAUGUUCUUCGCCCCCACCAUCCUCAGCUUGGAUCAAGCCAGGCUAUGGCUGCUCUGCGGGUCCACAGGGAAUUACUACAGCCAAGGGGAUGUCCGGAAGAAGGAACUCCUGGACAGCUGUUUGGUUCUAGGGAUCCCGCCUUCCAAUGUGACCAUCAUUGACCACAGAGAUCUUCCAGACCACCCAUCUGUCGAGUGGGACACUCAGCUGCUCUCCGCUCUGAUCCUUAAGCAUGUCAAGACCAACCAGAUCAACCUGGUAGUGACCUUUGACGCGAGAGGAGUGAGCGGUCACCUGAACCACAAAUCCCUUUACACCGCUGUCAGGCACCUGCAUUCCGAGAAGAAGUUUCCAGAAGGUUGCCAAGUCCUCACCCUGGAGACGGUGAACCUUUUCCGCAAGUAUAUCUCCAUCCUAGAUGCCCCCAUCAGUUACCUUCGGAGCCCGGAUGUUCUGGUUGUGUUGGCAAGAAAGGAUGCAGACUUAGCCAAGAGAGCCAUGCAGUGCCACCACAGCCAGCUCCUCUGGUUCCGACGCCUCUACCUGUUCUUCUCGCGCUACGUGGUGAUCAACUCGCUUCGCAGCCUCUGACAGGGAAGGGCCCUUUUACUCUCAGGAUGCUUGGGAGAUUGGCAGGAGCGAGAGAGGCUGGAGGAGGGAGAUCCUCCUUAAAACUCUCACUGAGCCGAGGAGGGCACAAGGUCUUUCCAUCCCGCUGACGCAGUCUGGCUGAGAUGACGGAUGUCCGAGAAACUAAGCACUGAUCUGUGCCCGAUUCUGCGAAGGCGAGCAAGACGGAAAUUUACAAGGCGACAUAGAUUAUAUGAGAGAUGGGCGCCGAAGGAGAGGAUUUAUCCUGGAAUGACUUCACUUUGCCAAUGUUUACAGUGUGCCAACUUUUUUCAAAAGUCUCUUUUUAUCAUUCCACUUACGCACCACUUCCUGUAAAAGCACCUCAAAGCGAUUUAGCAAUAAAUGGACACAGUUGCUGAAAA